GGCUGGAGCUCAGAGCGGGAUCAGAAACUGAAACUUUCAGACUUGAUCUUAUUGCACGCUUCCGGAGCGGCUCUUUUAUUAAGCCUUUGGACUGAACAAACCAUUUAUUUUUUCUUUUCCUCUUUGAUUGGUGAUUUCUGUUUUCUUUUUAUCAGUCUUUCAUAUUUCGUCUCACAGACUGAACAAUACAUUGAUUUUUAUUAUCAUCGUCAUAUUUUAAGUGCAGAUCAUCAAAGAUCGUUUGGUUUUGCGCUCCAGCGCAGUGUCUGGGUCCCUGGGGGCCUUUUUCAUUUAUAAGGACGAUCUUCAUCAGGUUACACGCGGCGCAGCUACGUGACUCCUCUCACUCCUCCAACCCGGACUGGCAGCAGAUAACCCCUGCUCAGCAUCUCUAAUAGGCACAUAUUCUUACUUGAUUGGGGGAUUUUUAUUUUAUUUUUAUUUUUUUUAAUGCAUUUCUAACCCUGCGUAAAGUUGAACGUGGAGGGACCGUAUCUCCCUGUGCGCCAACUCAGUGAAAUGACACCGGUUUUUGCUUUCGCGACUGUGGUGGCGCUUUACCUGCUGCUUUCACCUGUACAGAAUUUGCCCAUGCCAGACACAAACAGCACCACUGGAGUGUUGAUGUUUCAAGAGGUGUGGGGUCGCAGUUUCUGCCGGACCAUGGAGAAGCUGGUGGAAGUUGUCCAGGAAUACCCGACAGAGGUGGAGCACAUUUACAGCCCCUCCUGCGUGCCGUUGGUUAGAUGUGCGGGCUGCUGCGGUGAUGAAAACUUAGAGUGUCAUCCCACUGAAACUUCAAAUGUCACGAUGCAGCUGUUGAAAAUCCGACCUUCAGAACCAGGUGAAGAAUAUGUUGAGAUGACCUUUGUGGAGCAUAAGACAUGUGAAUGUAGAGAGCGGAAACCUUUGGUGAAAGUUGGAAGGAAAAGGCAAAGAGGAAGAGGAAGGAAGAGAAAGGAGAGACAAAAAACAAAAGACUGUGACAGGUGCCAGAUUCCCCGCAGGUAACUUCAGCGGCAACCCAACCUCCUGUUGCAGCGUGGCUGUCUAUUCAUCGAGCCCGGUGACAGCAUGAAGAGUCUCCUCCAAUGAUCUAUCAAACACUGUGUCUGCUGCCAGAGACUCCAACAGCUGGGUUGGUUUGCUGACAUGCUGUCGAUAACGAACAGGGUGUCUGCAAUGACGAAGUUCAACAGGACGUGCGAUUUGAUUGGUGGAAACACUCUGUUACAUACCUGACACAAUGGACAUCCCUGGGAGCCAGUGCAAUGUAGAAAACGAAAGACUCAUGUUUUGAUCUUCCACCUGAUAUUAUUGUGUUAGUUACUUUGUCGGUUAUUCUUGUAUUUAAAGGCGGUUACACUUAAAUCUCUAUAUUUAUUGUUAAAGUCGUUAGACCAACAACCUUCAAAAAGUUUAUGUUUUUCUGAUUAUCAUUGUAAAGACUUGUAAAGGUUUUUGUUUUUUGACUAAAUGUACAUAUGCACUGUACAUGCAACAAUGAUAUGCCUCCCUCUAGUGUUUAAAAAUAGGGCAUAAAAAUGUUCAAUAGGAAAAUAUUUUAUUUGAAGAGCUGGUUGAUAAAGUUGGCAGUUAUUUAAAUGUGCCUUAUCAUCACAUUUUCCUAUUCUACUUCAGAAUGCAUUAACCCAAUCAUACCAUUGUGUGUUUCACAAGAAAAAGUCUGUACUCUUUACAUGACUAGGCACAUUUGCUCUAAAUAUUAAAGGAACAAGCAUGUUAAAAGUAACACUGGAAAAGCAAAUCCAUCCCAUGUGAUCAAAUAAAGAAAUUGGGUCAUAUUCAAUGACCCAAAUUCUGGGUAACGACAGGUAAAGUAGAAAACUAUCAAAAGAAAAUCUUUUUUUAAUUUUUUUUUUUAUUCGUAUCUCAUCCAUUGUUGAGUAUUUGUAAUGCAUUUUAAACAUAUUUACAACCAUUUUCACAACAUUUAAAAAAAAAGACAAACACAAAAGUGCUUUGCUUUAUACAUGUCCCCUUUGGUAACAUAACACCCUGUCAAUCUCGCUCCACAGGUGAUUUCCUGAGUCUGUUUAUAGAAACAGAGUGGUAUUGGAAUGGUCAGUUGAGUUAGUUAUGUAAUAUCUUUUCCUCAUACACCGAAAGAAGAAAAUGUAUGAUGUAGAAACCUUUUACCUAUGCUAUUAUUUUUAUUUCAUUUAAAUAUUUAUUUUAUAAUAAAAGUACUAUGACUGUCAGAUAACUUUCUUUUGGGGGGGUGUUGUUUUUUUACUGGCAUUAGCAAGGAUUAGCAAGCAAU